AUGGCAGCAAACCGCCACCAGCACGACCACAAUCACUAUCCCUCUUGUCUGGACUCGAGCAGCAUGUCUGCCCCUCCUCCCCAGAGCUCUUACCCAGCUCAUUCCCAACCCGAACUCCAACAACAACAUUACUAUCCCACAACGACCACCGCCGGCGAUGACAACUUCUUACCGCCAACAACCCUCGACCACAAUCCAAGCCUUAGCCUCGUCCCAAGCUCAAAUCCAGACCCAACCCAAACCUUCACUCCUGACGCCGAUCAGCCCCACCUCCAGCGCGAACAUCCGACAAGCCAAGGUUCCCAAAUCCACCGUAUGAACACAGUUCUCUCCGCCGUGACCUCCGCCACAAGUCGCUUCACCGUCUCCCCGCCCAGCUCACUCCCAUCGCCAACAUACCCCGUUAAUACGACCCUAAACCCAGAUCCAAAUACCAAUGCUGUUAUCAGUGAUUUCAGUUUUGAUGGGAAUCCAAUCCCUGGAGCUAGGGCUGAAGCUGAACACAAUCCCGUAGCCGGAGCCAGUCCUCAGCCAGAAGCCGGAGUCCCGGGCUUGCAACUCCCCCCUCCUGGUAUCGGGAGUGGGAAUGAGGGUGGAGGGGAAGCAGAAGGCGUAGGAACUUACGCGUCAGGAUACAGUUUCAACACCACAGGCUCAGGGGAGGGUUCAGGCUCAGGGUAUAGUCCCAUCUCGGGGAUCCAAUAUGCGUAUGGGUAUCCGUAUGGGUUUGGGAGUGAGUUUGGGUCGGGAGGACAGGGAGGUACGAUAGCCUCCAGCUCAGGGAAUGGGAAUGAAACUGGCAUCGGGACGAAUGAGAUACUGGCGAUAGUAGGAGCAGCACGGCAAGAUCUGGGGGCAACACAGGGCCAAGGGGGUGAGGGCUCAGAAUCUCGGGACCAGGGACAUCAACAGGGAGGGAAGAGGGACACUUGGCCCGCCCCCCUCAACAUCCCCAUCUCCAAGGAAUCAGCACCCGUCCCCGUCACCACCACUGCCACAUCCUCCCUCCCCUCGAUCUCGAUCUCGCCCCCCCUUCCCUCAUUAACAUCAAUGACGACAGCUGCUGGUAUCCCAACAAUAACAACCUCCCCCCCGCCAACCCAACCCUACCCCUGGCCCUGGACCUCCCACCCCUGGGUCCGCCCGCUCGCCCCUAACCUGUGGCAAACCGCCCCGCACCCACGGGACAUCCCCUUCCCAGUAUCAGCCCAGUGGCGCGGGAGCCGCGAGAUGCAAGAGCUUGAGCGGGCGAGGGCUAGGGCGUUAGAGAGGGAACGGGAGGAGAGUCAAGAACGAGAAGGAGAAGGAAGGGGACAGCAGGUUAGCGAUGAGAGCGAAGAGGGGGAAGAUGGUGAGGGAAUGAAGAUAAUGGGACUGGGGAAUGAGUCGGGGGAGGUGACGAUUGAGACAGCGGUGAAGAAAGUUAUUGGACGGGGGAAGGGACCGAGUCGGGCGGAGGGGGAACCGGGUUCCGGGGCCUGGCCGGGACCGGUGACGGCAGCGACGACGACGACGACGAGGGCAUCCGAGCCAGUUACUAGUAUCUCCGCCGACCCAGCUCCGACAACCCGGCGGAGCGAGGAGAGAAACCAACCCCAACAACCCUUCAUGCACUACGAGGACCUGUCCUAUCCAGGCUUCGUCCCCAACUCGCCCACCUCAGACGACUCAAUGCUCCCAGCGCGAACAGAAGACGCAGCCCACCAAGAGCGACCUCUCCCUCCUCUCCCAUCUGCGACGGCCCGAGCAGAGACGGCAGCUUCUGCUUCAGUCCCACAUAGCAUCAGCAUCAUCCAGAUGCCGGGUCCAGAAAAUGAGACGCCGUCUAGGGAGACGGUGUUUCGGUCCUCGCGAGAGAGGCAGACGCCCCCUCUCCCUCCCGUGCCGCCGGGAAACAUCUCCAACCAGAACAACGAUAGCCUACCCGAACCUCGUAGAGAGAAACAACCACGCGCAAAACGCGUCCUCCUCCAGUCCCCUUCAUCAUCAUCAAAUUCACGCCCCCCGGGAAACCUCUGGACCUACACGCACCCCUUCCUCCCCGAACUCCUCUCCCUCAUCUCAAGCAUCGUCUGCCUAGCGAGCAUCUGCGCCCUCCUCAAACGAUACGACAACCACAGCCUGCGCGACUGGCCCCUCCAAGUCUCUCUUAACACGGUUGUCGCCUUUCUCACAGCCAUAUGCCAAGUCGGGCUGUGGAGAGCGCUCAGCGAGGGGCUGGCGCAGCUGAAGUGGAACAUGCUCGCGCGCGGGGGGGCGGUGAAUACCAUGAACAAGACGCUGGGGGAUUGGGAAGUGAUCGAAGAUGCCAGGAGGGGGGUGGCGGGGUGUGUGAGGGUUUUGGUGGGGAGGAAGGGAAGAACCCUCGGCAUAACCUCCGCCACGCUGCUGCUUACCUCCUUCCUGCUCACACCCCUCACCCAGGGCGCCAUCACCUAUCCCUAUCGACACCUUAGCGCCGGCAGCGGCACGGCAACCGUCGCCCGGAGCGAGUCGUAUAUCCAUCCCACACCAUACACCUCUCUCGACGCCCGCGAGAAACAAGCCAUCCAUGUAGGCAUCCACCACCCAGUCGAUGAGUCCAUCCCGCACCUGCAGCCCACGUGCAGUUCAGGCGACUGCCAGUGGCCCGACUUCAGCUCGCUGGCCGUGUGCGCGGCCGUGGCUGAUGUAUCAGACCGGCUGACGAUAACCCAAACUAACAACACGAGUGGUGGUGGUGUGUCGUUGCCAGUGUCCAACGAAACGCAGUUGUUGUACAAAGCAACCCUUCCCAACGGGGCCUUCCUCCUCGGCGACGCGUCAACGUGGAACCUUAAUAUCUCGUCUCCUGGUGCCCCGCAAUCAUCCAGCUCAACCAGAGGUGGCGAGAACGGGCAAGAUGAUGAUGAUGCUUAUGACGGAAAUUUUCUCCCGGUCCAAACAAGCCUAGCCUUCUCCUCACAAGACGGGCGUGUGCUAAGCGGGAUAACGAACCUGUUUUUUGUGUAUACCAACACUACCUCUGCUACCAACCAAGCCUCCUCAAGAAAUUCAUCAUCAACGUCGACGGGGCAACGGCAUAUUUUCCGCGCUGCCGAGGUACUCCUUCAUUUCUGCGUCAACACGUAUCAAGUCUCAACCAGGCGCGGCAUAUCGAUCAGCACGGUGGUACAUUCGUCUGCGCUGACGGUGCUGCAGCAGCAGGGCGUCGUGACGACGGCAAGGACAAUUCUUCGUAGUAAUCUCAGUAGCCCUACCAACCCUGACACAGGAAGCAGCAGCGUAGGACGGCGGGCCGUCCCGGAUACUCCCCGGGCCGCCGUUGCAAUGCUGAGUCUAUCGACGUCAACAACAGUCGGUGGCGAAGAAAACCUCCACCCACUACCUCCACAGCAGCAGCAGGUGGACGUGUACACGGUGAAGAGGGACGACGUGGAGCUUCUGAGUCGGUAUAUCCGGGGAGUGUUCGCGGGCUCGUAUUCCCGUCGUAUCCGAGCCAUGAGUUCGACAGGCGGCGUCGUGACCGGGACGGUCCUCGCGACCGAGAGCUACGUCCGCGUGCGGUGGGCCUGGCUCUCCUUCCUGGCCAUCCAGGUGGGCUUGACGGCCAGCUUCCUGCUAGGCAUCAUCGUGCAGACAGCUGUAUGGGAUGUCAAGGUGUUCAAGGGGUCGCCCACGGCCGCACUGUUGGCCAUCUCGGCGGGCGAUAAGGAGUAUCUGGAGGAGCAAGGGAUACUGUUAGACACCUCCCUUAGUAGUGAUGAUGAUCUGAAGCGAAAGCUGCAGACCAUAACCUGCAGAUUCCAGCCUGGAGAAAAGGGUUGGACUCUGCAAUUGGGAAAGAGACAGCAGGACGGGGACUUUGGAGUGUAG